UGCUUUCGAAUGUAAAUCAACGGAAACUUUCUUAAUUGCGCCAUCAGCGGUUCGUUGCUUUAUACUUUUUACAAAAUUAUAAAAAAAAAAAAUCCAAAAUAAAAACCUUAGCUUCAAAACUCACUUAAAACUCUCAGAAAGAGAAAUCAGAAUGUGUCGAUCCAUCAUGAAUUUAGGGCCAUCUCAUCAACUUUGAUCUGCUUCAUAAGAGAGUUACAUAACCAUGUCCAGACCCAUGCUAUUUGUUUUUCUAUUACUUAUACUCAUUAUCACCUCCCAGUUUGAGUGGAGACAACAACUUGUUGUUGAUAUUGACACGACCCCGACUCUAAACCAGAACCAGCAACAAAUUUCGAGAAGGGAAGAAGCUGUGAAAGAAAAGAUCAUCCUAUCACAAGAGAAGAACAUUCAAAGACUUAAUGAACUUGUGCAGAGUCUUCAGCAGCAACUGUUGCAGUGCAAGGGCAAUAACAAGACAACAAAUGGCACUGUAAGCCAUUUGACUGAACAUGUUAUUGAGCUUGAGCGGGAGCAGAUCUUGGAGGACUAGGCUAUGAUAUCUAAAAACAUAUGUUCUGAUUGUGGUGCAUUGAAGUUGUAAAAUCAUCCAUGUAAGGGUAAGUUUGAAGUUCCAUUUGUUGUAAGUUAUAUGGCCUUUUCCCACCUCUUGUCUUCUCCAUCUCUUUUAAAAGAAGCGGCGAAGCUAUGCACGAUAUAAAUUGUCCAUCAUACAAUCCAUAGUCAUUGCUACGUGACUGCUGUUCAUUGACUCUGCUACUUUGACGCUAACUAAUCUCAUGAUGUUAUUGUCUUGUAUUAGAAAUAUGGUCAGCACCCUUUAGUUGAUUGAGAAAGACUAAAACUAUGAUGAAAUAUAGUGUUGGAUAGUCGACUCAAUAUAGGCCUAUGUUAGAAUAGAUAAGUUGUUGCCUGUCCUUUGCCAAUAUUGGACUAAUGGAACUUUACCACCUCGAGACUUCAAUCAUUGAAUAACAAAAUGUUUGCUUUGUCUGUCCGCCCCCUGUUCAAUUCCUAUGACGGGGUUGACUUAUCAUUUUUUAGCAAAUUGGUCAAUCUGAACUAUUAUCUUAAAUCGCCAUUGCCUGGAUGCUCCUGAAAGUUAGAAGGUCCACAAAUGAAGAUAAACAAUCUUACUGCUUCAGUUAACCAUAUGUUUAAGGCUUUAAGCAGAAAUUCCAAACUCCCAAAUCUGUUGUAACUACCUAUUACUCUUAAGGUUUCUGUGGCCUAUGAUUCAUCUGAGUAAGAGUUGGAAGAGAAAUAUGAUUCGUUGGUUAUUUAUGUAAUAUAGUACACCACUUAUUACUUUGGUUUCUUUCUACGCUUUCUGCCCUAGCGCAGCACCUUGAAGAGAAGUAUGAUUCAUCGUCUGUU